AUGUACAACCAGUCGCUCGAGCCCGAAAACGAUGCUGACAACAUCAUAGCAGGAUUGAUAAUGAUACUGACGGGGAUGAUUGGUUCCGCAGUCAACUUUGUUGUUAUGCUACUGAUAAUAAAAACCUCGUCUUUUCAUAGCGCAUUUGGUUACAUAUGUUUUUCUCACCUCAUUGCAGCCAGUGCUGCACUUCUCACGGGUACAUUCUGGACAGGACCAGUAACAGUUUUCUUCAACGAGUCUGUCACAGUCUCAUUCGUCGGUGCAGGAUUUGGGCAGUUGAUGCAUCUGUUCUGGUUUGUGUCCAUGUACAGCCAUCUUCAAGUCGCCGUGAACCGUCUUAUAGCAGUAGCUCGGCCAUUUCUUUACAAGUGA